AUACUGAUGAAAAAAACUAAGCCACUCGUAUUGCCGCCUCUUGUAUUAAGAUGCGUGAUUAGUUCAUUAACAGGUAAGUAGGGGACUUGGACAUAAAUGUAUUUGUAAUUAGUAAUUCCAAGAUUUGUUCUUAGCUCUGCACGACGCCCACUCUAAUUUCCCAGGUAUGCUUCUUGUUUGUAUCCCUGCUCUAUUUGGUAGAACAGUUGGUAUUGGCUUGGGGCACAGUCCAUUCUGUUCUGAACACAUCCAGGGCAGAUUUUAGAGAGACAUCUGUGGGGUAAUUCGUCUAGAAGAUGCAAUGGGUGCUUCGAAAGGGCAAAAACUUUCUGGGUUGCAGAAGCAAGUGCUUAGUCUAUACAGAGGAUUUCUACGAGCAGCUCGUUCCAAGCCUACUGAAGAUCGAUGCCAGAUUGAAUCAAUUGUCACUGCUGAGUUCCGCCGCAAUUCUAAGCAAGUAGAUCGCAAAAAUUUCCUCUACAUUGAGUACUUGCUUCGACGUGGUAAGAAGCAACUUGAUCAGCUAAAGAGUCCUGAUACUAUGGGGUUGUCAUCUUUGAACGUCAGUUCCUCUCAAAAGCAGAAUGCUAAGACUUGAACUUAAUAUGUAUUUGUUAUCAUAUUUUUCUGGCAAAAGUUUUUAUUUGAUCAUUCUUUAAUUGACUGUCAGAGAAAAAGGAACAGCAUUACACCAAUAUUGAUGUUUUUAACAUAUUGGAUCUCUUGCUACUGUCUUGCAUUCAAUACUGACCAGGGAAAAGCUGUAAUUUGAGAGUAAUAAGAAUGUUCCCUUGAUAUAAUGCAAGGGGUUAUUGUGAUUUUCCA